ACCUAUCGACACUCGCCGGGACAAUCCAAAUCGACACAAAAUGCCAUCCGAGCAAGGUCACCGCCUCUACGUCAAGGGACGUCACCUCAGCUACCAGAGAGGCAAGCGCAACACCAACCCCAACACCAGCUUGAUCAAGAUUGAGGGUGUCGACGACUCCAAGGCCGCCAGCUUUUACUGCGGCAAGAAGGUCGCCUUCGUCUACCGCGCCUCCAAGGAAGUCCGCGGCUCCAAGAUCAGAGUCAUGUGGGGCAAGGUCACCCGCGCUCACGGCAACUCUGGUGUCGUCCGCGCUCAGUUCCGCAACAACCUCCCUCCCCGUUCGUUCGGUGCCACCGUCCGCGUCAUGCUUUACCCUUCUUCGAUAUAAGUGCGGCAAGGACGGAUUCGAUGGGAUUACGAGCAUGAUCAAGUGUCGCAGCGGUGUUGGUUUGCAGUCAACCUGGUCUCGAUGACAGAGACAGUGGUUCAAAAGGAAGGCGUUUUCUCAGUCUGGGAAGGGAAGCUGCCGACUAGUUUCAUGUCCACAAAAGAAUCGCAAAAGCCUCCCGGCAUGGCGCAAUAGCCAUGAUGAGAUAAACUGCUCCCGUCGACUCCAAAAUUUUCACGUUCCAAAUUCAACUGCAGCUCCAGCGUGGACUGGCCAAGAUGGUGAUUUCUACAUCGUGAUCUGUACAUCGAAACAGCAGAGGCUAGAAAUGGACGAGAAAGUGAUUUGAAGCGCGCAUUAAGCAGAGCAGAGCAGAUCACAGUAAACACAGCACGUAACAUGCGUUCAUACUCGAUACUUUGCCAUGAAUGACCUAAUACGCACAG